UUGCUCGAGCUCGUCCUCAUAAAAACACACGCAGAGGAAGGAAGCGACGACAUCAAACCAUCUCUGAACUUGUGCUUUUUAGUUAAUAUUUUACCAGUUAGCUACCAGCACCGUAACCGUGGAUAGUUUUAUAAAACGUUUAGCUUUUCUGUCUUUGUGUUGCUAACAACUGCUACCUCCGUUUUUAUCUGCUGCCAACUGGUUGACUUUGACGCAAUAUGCCUUCAGAAAAAACCUUCAAACAAAGAAGGACAUACGAACAGAGAGUAGAAGAUGUCAGACUGAUCCGGGAGCAGCACCCUAACAAGAUACCGGUGAUCAUUGAGAGGUAUAAAGGAGAAAAACAACUUCCCAUCCUGGACAAGACCAAGUUCCUGGUGCCCGACCACGUCAACAUGAGUGAGCUCAUUAAGAUUAUCAGGAGGCGCCUCCAGCUAAACUCAAACCAGGCUUUCUUCUUGCUGGUCAACGGCCACAGCAUGGUGUCUGUGUCGGCUGCCAUCUCUGAGGUGUACGAGCGGGAGCGGGACCAAGAUGGCUUCCUCUACAUGGUGUAUGCCUCCCAGGAGACGUUCGGCUCUGCCACAACCGCCCAGUGAACCGUCUUCCUUCUGCUUCCAUCUGGCCGGCGAUUGGACAAUUGUAGUUUUUAACCCCAGCCCCCUUCCGCAUUUCUUGUCACGCACCUUUAGUCUUGACUGUAAGAGCAAAAACACAAAUAACAAAAUCUAAACACAGUGUGCGAUCAUUUCUCAGCUCAAAUGGGUUCAGGUUAUGCUCUCUAUAUUCUGACUGCAAAGAGCAGAUAAACUGUUUAACCACACUUACCCAGUGAAUAGUAUAAAGCCACAGGGGUUGACCAGAACAGCAGAGUUUAAGUAGAGAAAUCCCCAAAUCUGACAAUGACUCAGGCCAAUAGAGCCUUUAACUGUGUGUCUCUGCUUUUGUAUUGUCCUCUCUGGUGAAUCAUGUUCGCUGUUACGGCAACGUACCGCCUGUUGACGGCAGUUACUUUCAGUGUUGUGGUUUUGUGUCUCCUAGGCUGUAUUUAUGUUAAUGUAUAUAUACAUUUCAGGUAGUGGUAUUAGAAAAAGUGGUGAGUCUCCACCACUUCUCUAUAUAUACAUUAGCCAAUGAACAAAGCCAACCUUAAUUUUAAGGUUUUUGGAGACAGGCAGUUUCUGGAUUCAGAUGUUUUUAAUGAAGCUUUUUAUCGCAGUCUGAGGUCAGAGUUAGGGAUUUGUAGUCACAGCCUGAGUUGAAUUUUGCCAGAGAAAAUGCUAAAUUAAGUAGAAAGGACCCUCGUUAAUCAAUGCAUCUCUGCUGUGUGUCUCGUCACAUUCCCUUCAUGGUCCUUCCUUGGUGUUUUUUUAUCCCUCCCUGCCUUGUCGCCUAAAGCAUCUUCUUCACUGUAACAAAAAGAUGUUAAGAAACUGCUUUGCUCUUGAAACAGAUGAUUGUAGUUUGCAAAAAAAAUGCCUUGGUGUACAGAUAAUGUUGACUUUGUGGCUUUGAAUAUAAAAGGGGUUCCGUUGAGAGUGUAACCAAGUUGACUUUGGACACACUACAAGGAGCAUGGUCUAAUUGCAUGUGUGAAUGGAGGAUGAAGGAGUUUCUGUAAAUGCUGAUGAGGGGAGGGGGUUGCCAUUUCUUUUUCCUUCUUGUCUCUGGAAGGUGUCAAAAGGGUGAUAUGGGAACGGAGGAAGGACCUGAGACCUGGGCAGGUUGAUGAGUAUCACUUUUGACUGUCCAUUUGUUUUGUUUUUUGUUUUCCCUUUGACCUACAGGGUUGAUUUCCCAGAGCUGUUGUUGUUCUGUUUCACUUCACUGAAAUACAACAAGCACUGUCACAGUGGGAGCUUCCACCUGCCCAGUGGGUUUUUAAGGGCUGCACAGAAACAUCUUGUUUGUCUAUAGAUGGUCCUUCACACACUUUCUGUGCCGUUGUCCUCCUCCACCUCCUCCACCUCCUCCUCCCCUUCACCAUCUUUUUAACAGAUCUGAGGUUUAGCUGCUUUUAUAUCGCAGUAUUUUAUCUUUUUGGUUCUUUUUAUUUAAUGUGAUGUUUAUUUCACUGUCCCACACGUCUCAACUCUUUGCUGUCUACAGUAUGUGAAGGUGACUUUUUCUUUCUGACUAGUGAAAGCCACUGUGUGUUUGCAACAGAGGGGUGGAACAUUUACUUCAGCGCUGUCUCCUCUGCCUGCUCCUCCGUUUCACACACACAUGCACACACAGCAAUAUCAUACAGCCUCCUCUUAUGUAUUUAUGUUGGUAUUUUGUAAAGCAAUAAAAAACAGGGAAAAAAUUAA